UGUGUGCGUCAAAGCUCCUCUAUACUGUUCCAAACGAGCACACCCCCUUGUAAUAUAAUCUAUUUAGCGUUCAAGGUUAUUACGAUCAACCAAUCAUUGGUAAGAUGGCAAUAUUAUCGGACCAUUGACUUUUGCGCAUCAAAGCAGACGCCGGUGAGGACGGCUAGAGGGAGAGUUGAGACUCAGGGUUGCACUGUCAAUACAAGAUUCUCGGUGUCACCAGUGUGUGAUUGACUGAGAGCGCACACUAGCUGUGGAAAGGUAGGGACCCUACUGCGCUGCGUUGACGCGCUCAUACUUUGGUGAGCUGCGCGUCAGUGGACACGUCCAGGUUCCACGCAAGAUAUUUCAACUGAAUUCGUCGCAGUUCUUAGAGACGGCAUCGACGCAUUCUAUGAUUCUCACCUCUCUACGCCUGACUCACUUGUAGCUGUGCUCUUAGCUCUGCGUUGCGCAUUGUAAUAAGGGUCGACGCGAAGCAAGGAGCGCACCAUCAUUCGUUUGGAUUUCCGUAGCCUGCCCUCCUGUGUGCUAUCGGUGGAUUGCUUUCGUCGGAGUUUGUCCCUGAAGCACGCAAAGCGAGAGCAGCAUCGAGUUGGGAGAUGAGAAUACCCAGCGGAUGUAGCUUUUGAUGAAUCCCUCCUCUCCGACAUCUGACAAGUUUGUGCGCGUCUGGAACUACGACGAUUUGAUUUUGUGGUUUAAUAACUGGCUAUUUAACCAGAAAGGGAAUGAUUUGACUCACUCCGUAAAGCGCGUUGUCGUCUACUUUCAUAAAUAAGAAACUUCCAGGAUUCGUCUCUUUUUUAUGCUGGUGCUGAUGUUCUUGGAUUUGGAAAUUGUCGGAAUCAUUUGAUGUGAUGUUCGAGUGUGUGCUUUUUUCCAACGCAAUAUUGUCUUGCAGUGCAUUCCGUUGGACAUAAACACAUUUAGAGGAAAUAAGCGUCUUGAAAUCCGCACUGGGCUGUGAGUAGAAAUCAAAUCAGAUCGGACGCGUUAGGGGGGAAGAAAAGGUUGAGAAAAGUUCAAUUUUAAAUCCUGGCUGUGGAAUAAGAACCGAAUCCCUCUACACUGAUGCACUGUUGAAGACUGGAAGGAAGAUGCGGGGAAUGGUCAGUCUCAGGGAUAAGACCAGCUAGAUGACUUCGGGUGAACUGGCUGAAUCCGAAAACCAAAAUUUGUGUCUUUUUAAGCGUCAGGAAUGACUCAUCAGAAAACGUCGAAUUGAUUUGGAUCCAUCAGCAGGUAAAGACUCGGAUUCAAAUGAUGCAGAUAGAGGUUGCAUCGAAAUAUCUGCUCUAGUCUAGAAGCACUUGCGUGCGUUCUUUUGAUCGCCGCGUCUAUGGCAUUGAUAUAAGGACCGAAUGGAUUUACCGGAGCGAAAUUCUUCUCAUAGAAGAUCGUGAAUGCGAAACUGCUGUAGGAUCUUGUCGCUGCUCGUGCCUACAGGACAGGCGCUUUCUGCUUGGAUACCCUAAACUACGCGCCGAAGAACAUUUCCUUUGCACCGUGCCAAAUUUCCGGAGAAUUGCAGAUGGAUUUUCGUUGCGGUUCUCGUUUGGAAGGGAACGGAACGGCGCUCUCCGUGUUUUUGCCUGCUAUUUGAACCGCGUAAAGCCUGGAGAAAAGGCGAAGGUAGCCAGCGAAACCAACUGUGAAGAUGUCCAGAAACUGUUGGCACUGUGGAAGACUUGGCAGUUUGGCCUAACAAAACACGUCACAAAGAGUGGAGAACCUGUCAGCGAAUUAUGAAUGAUAAACAAGAUGACCUCCUCCCUGACGCAGCAGACGAUGAGAGGUCCUAGGUGGAACCGGGCCGUGUCCGACCCGUUAUUUGUGCUGUUGCUGGCCCUGCAGCUUCUGGUGGUGGCUGGCCUGGUACGAGCGCAGACCUGCCCUUCCGUCUGCUCUUGUAGCAACCAGUUCAGCAAGGUCAUCUGUACGCGCCGUGGCCUUCGAGAUGUUCCCGAUGGUAUUUCCACCAACACGAGGUACCUGAACCUUCAAGAAAACCUCAUUCAGGUGAUCAAGGUUGACAGCUUUAAGCAUCUGCGACACUUGGAGAUACUUCAGCUCAGCAAAAACCAUAUCCGCAACAUUGAAAUCGGAGCCUUCAAUGGCUUGGCCAACCUCAACACGCUGGAGCUCUUUGAUAAUCGGCUGACCACAAUCCCUAAUGGAGCUUUUGAGUACCUUUCCAAACUCAAGGAGCUUUGGUUGAGGAAUAACCCUAUUGAAAGUAUACCCUCCUACGCAUUCAAUCGCGUAACCUCACUGCGAAGGCUGGACUUGGGUGAGCUGAAGAGGCUCUCGUAUAUCUCCGAAGGUGCUUUCGAAGGCCUCAGCAACCUGCGAUAUCUAAACCUGGGUAUGUGCAACUUGAAAGAGAUUCCUAACCUUAUUCCCCUAGCCCGGUUGGAUGAGUUGGAGAUGUCAGGAAACCAGCUCUCCAUAAUCAGGCCAGGAUCCUUUAAAGGCCUCGUUCACCUACAGAAACUGUGGAUGAUGCAUGCUCAGAUCCAGACGAUUGAGAGAAAUGCCUUUGACGACCUUCAGUCCCUCGUGGAGCUCAAUUUGGCCCACAAUAACCUCACCCUUUUGCCCCAUGACCUCUUCACACCGCUACAUCACCUGGAGAGGGUACACUUACACCACAACCCCUGGAACUGCAAUUGUGACAUCCUGUGGCUUAGUUGGUGGCUGAAAGAAAUGGUGCCGGCCAACACCAGUUGCUGCGCUCGCUGUUCUUCGCCCACCAGUCACAAGGGGCGCUACAUUGGUGAACUGGACCAGAACUAUUUCCAUUGUUAUGCACCUGUGAUCGUGGAGCCCCCAGCCGAUCUGAACGUGACCGAGGGCAUGGCAGCGGAAUUGAAAUGUCGAGCAAAUUCUUUGACCUCAGUCAGCUGGAUCACACCCAACGGGUCCAUCAUGACACAUGGGGCGUACAAGAUCCGCAUUUCUGUGCUCAACGACGGGACGUUAAACUUCACCAAUGUUACCAUGCAGGACACAGGGACUUACACGUGUAUGGUGAGCAACUCCGCAGGCAACACGACAGCCUCAGCCAUACUCAACGUGUCCACAACAGAAAACAGUGGCGUCAGUUAUUUCACUACAGUUACAGUCGAGACCACGGAAUCGUCACAUGAGGAGGGCCAACCAACGGUGCAGCCGAGAGGAGGUCCCACCCCCUCAUCUGGAAUUUGGGAGACCUCACCGCCUUCCUUCACCACCACCACCACUACAGCGCGGACUCAGCUGUCCACCAAGGCCACCGAAAAGACCUACACCAUCCCCGUCACAGCCCUGAGCGACGGUUCCCUCCACACUCUGGAUGAGGUGAUGAAGACCACCAAGAUCAUCAUCGGCUGCUUUGUGGCCAUCACGCUGAUGGCGGCUGUCAUGCUGAUCAUAUUUUAUAAAAUGCGCAAACAACAUCACCAGCAGAACCACCAUGCACCGACACGAACCAUCGAGAUCAUCAACGUAGACGAGGACUGUGUAACCGGUGGACCUACCAUGCCGCCACUUGAGCAUGAGCAUCUGAAUCAUUACAAUGCCUACAAGACUGUGUACAACCACGCCUCCACCAUCAAUUCCAUACAUAGCUCCGCCCAUGAACCUUUGCUAAUUCGGGCCAGUUCAAAAGACAAUGUACAAGAGACCCAGAUCUGAACUGCUUUUCGUAAUGGGAAUAACAAGAAAAAGAGCUCUAAAGCGAACUUUUAAAAGAACACGGUGCGUGACGUAUGGAUUUUGAAAAUUGUUUGAACAAAGACACGACAAACCGAUGCAAGACGUACAUGAGGAAUCUUGGUAAAUAACCAAUAGACAUUAAGAGUGAGUGUAUGUCAACAGUUUCAAAAGUGUCUUUACAUAACAGAAGUUAUUUAUUUAAGGAAAAAACACUAUUGUGAUUUAAUCGAGAAAAGAUGUAAUCUGCAAUUAUUUUUCCAGUAAUUAUUUCUCCAUGUUUUUAAAACGUUGUUUGGGUUGUUGGUUUACUAAUCUCUGUUACAGUCCACUGUUCUAUGUGAGGACCCACUUAUGUCAUUUGCAGCUAAUUCGAAAUCUCACCAUUGGAUAGCAGUCUGAACUGUUAAGUAUCAAUACUUUGGCAGGUUAUACACCUUUUAAUGCCAAACCCAAUAACUGGAUGAUAAGAGAUCAUCUAGUAAUUCUGUAAAUCUAUAUCGACCAGAAAUAAUAAUAUUUAUCUGAAACCGCCCUUUAACUUUCAUCCAACCAUUUCAUCAUUAACCUUAAUUCAACCAUAUUAUAAUAUUUAAUUAUUGGCUCAUGUAAUGCAGAUUUGGCUUCUUCACUCUAAAAUUGGAAACAAGGAGCCCUGCCUACAUGUGUCCACAUUUAAAAUAAAUAUGUUCAUGUAUUUAUAUUUCCAAACAGAAGCUUCACUCAUGUUGUAAAGAUGCUACAUGAUGCCAUAGAGGAACCAAAAAUGGCAGAAUCUUUAGUUGCACCUUUAUUUUAGUAAAAGCAUGGUAAAAGCAUAAAAACGGUUGUACAUUUUUCCAUUUCAAUCUGUUUUCGGUCUGUUUUGUUUUCCAUAUAUUUGUUUCCUUCAUUUUGCACUGUCCAUCUCCUCAGGCACAAUUCUUUUAAAACUUUUAAACACACUUUCACUCCCAAGUCACAUUCAAUCACUUUUAUUUAUUUUCCGCACAGACGGAGAACGAUACAUCCAUCUUCAGCUUACACAUGCAGUAGUCAAGAAGCCUUUGGCUGCGGGCGGAAUGACUUGACGUUAUGAAUUAAUUUAUGAAAUCAAAAUGGCCUUAGACGGUCACUAUAGAAACCAGUGACCUUGGACGGGAUGGGUGUAGCCGACAGACAUUGGCUUGACACUUUCAAUGCAUUCAGAGUCAAAUUAGAGAGCAGGUCCGGGCGAAAGAGCCAGGGCGGAUUCAUUUGAAGUGUAUCAUUUAGUCCAUGAAGCAAUUUAGAGGGCUAUAGGUAAUUUGAAUUAAACCAAUAUACCGGUGACAUUUUCAUUCAGAUUCGUAGCGUUUUCAUGUGGCCGUUAUUAAUUCAAAGCGCACAUAAUCCUCACAUAAAGACAUUCUUUUGUUUCUGGAACAUGCAAUUGUAAAGCAGAUUUGAUACCAGCUUUUCAUGUCAUGCUUAGAUGGCACACCACAUGCACUUUGGUUUUCAAGAAUUGUUGCAGUUAUGCUCCAUAGGCUUUGCUAAAUCAAAUCAUCACAAAAAACUUAUUGAGUUCACCUCAUGCCCAAGCAAAGGCCAUCUGGUACAUUGUAUGAUCAAGACAUCAAAGCAAGCAAAAAAGACUGUUGUUCAUCUGAAUAUGCUGCUCUAAUGAAUUUUUAUGCAUCAAUUUGUUUUUCACAUUUAAUUUUGUUUACUCACUGAAAUUGAUGUCAAUCCAAGCAAAUUCAUUACAGGUAAAAAUGAUUCUUAUAGACACUCCAGUUUAGCACAAAAGUAAACCAAGUCAUUGAGUUGAUUGAUAUUUUUUAUUAUGUUUAAUUAAAUUUGUUGGUUGGCUGAUUUGGAUCAAUGUCCUGAAAUUAUGGGUAACAGUCCUUUCAGUAUGAUAAUAUGGUUAUUUCUGUCACUGGUUUUUUAUUUUACAGCUUUUUGUGAGGUUUCUUUUUGGACGUUCGUUCUGUCUCAUGUAAAACCCAUCUGUGUUUUUCGUUUUGGUUUAGGAGGAACGAGAUACUUUGGGCUCGGUUCCACGUAAGCUCUUUCUUUUCGUCUCGGAGGGGGAAUGCUGUUCUAGUGGUAGAUUUCUAUAAAAAUACAUUUUGAAAAUAAAACAAAAAAUCAAAACAAAAACUUUUUAAAGUUUAAUUUUACAUGUGCCAACCUGUUAUAAAAGAUUUAAAAAAGAGAGAAAGAGAGAGGGACAUGCUGUAAAGAUGGCUGAAUUGAUUUUCAUGUAAACAUAAUUUCAUGACCUUUAAAAACAGAUGGAGAUCGAUUAUAGAAAUCAGAGUUUGUAGUUCAUACACA